AGCUUCCCUCUGGCUCUUUCUCCUCUAUUUCUCCCAAGCAUGCCCCUCCCCUCUGCCUCCUUUCUCAGGCUGCUCUUGCUGGUCUCCAUGGCAACUGAUGGACUGAGCUGCUUUCGUCACCGAUGGAGCAUAGCCAGGGGCUCAUCAUCCCGGCCCACAGCACGCGUCUCUCUUUCUCUCUCUGUCUCUCUCUCUCUCUAACUGAUGUCUCCUUUCCCAUUCUGUCUCCAUCUUGCAUCCAUGUUUGACUUUUAUACUGUUUCUUUAUACGCGUCUCUAAAUCUAUUACUUUUAUAAUAUAUUUGUGAAUAUAUGUAUCCAUUUAAUGAUCACACAUGUGAAUGGCUAUUUAAUCACUCCUGGAAUUAUUGACUUUGUUUAUUUACAUCUGCUAACAACCCUUCCACUCACUAACCUUUCCUCAAUUCCCCACUUCUCAUUUUGUCUUCCAUCCGCCCCAUUUUCCACUUUGAUUCUCUGUAUUCAAUAGCUAAUUUAAUCUGAGGAUUGGGGGGAAAUUAAGGUAAAUAGAACAAAUCCAGACAGCGUUCAGGAUUCACACAGUAAUGAGAUGCCAGAUUAUACUGUACUUUAAUGUGUAGAUUCCACCUAGACAACUACAGGACAGGGUCAGCACAAUAUGAAUCCAAGGCACUCUUAUACAAAUGUUGUUUUGUACAUAAAAUUACAUUACCCUUUUUGCAAAUGCUUUAUGGUGUGAGAGGUACAGUGCAGUGUAAUCACUAACAGUUAUUAUAAAUUCAGAAAACAAUAAUUGACAUUUUAUUCUUUAUUCUAUUAUGCCUUAAUCAAAAUGUAGGUAAAAUGAAAGGGCAUUCCCAAAACUUCACCCAGUGUUGGAGGGAUGUUGCAAUUUUGUAUUGCACUUUCUGUAUCAAAACUAUGCAGUGUUUGAAUGCUUUAAACAUAAUUUCGUUGUUUUUCUAUGACAAUGACAAAUAAAUAUUGAAUUGAAUGGAAAAUUGUUAGUGAUGGUCUACUUCUGACCUCUGCUGGAGAAACAGCAUAACUGCGUGGCAGAAGGACAAAUUAGAAAAUCUUUAUUAAUGCAGUGUGACCAAUAAAGGUUUCUGUCUUUCAUCUGUCGUGUCACGCCACCAUGGUGUUUCUAGAUUAAGAUUAAGAACGAGAUUGAUUCCUAGGUAGGCUCUCAUGCCAAGUAAAUUCCUUGUCUGUGCAAACUUUCAUGGCGAAUAAACAUGUAUACAUUUUUUUACACCACGAAACGGCCACAAGCGAGCUCAUUUCAGCAGUCAGUGGAAAGCGAACAUCACCGCGUCCGCGUCGCCAUUUCAAACACCCCAACCAAUCAAUAAACACUAUUAACAAAACAAACAAAACUAUGGUGGUGAUGCACUUUAAUUUUGGUUGCACUAAAAUAGAUGUUUAACUUACAUUAACUAUCUUAUGUGGGUUCAUGUAAGGCCCCAACCCUUUCGUCUCUUUUAUUAGAAAGGUGACAUACGGAUUGGGCUCAGUAUAAGGAUAAAUGCUAUGCAACAUAUAGGCUAUUGGCAUAUUUUCAAUCAUUUUGUCAUUUUGAGUAGCCUACUUGACGCUCCAUGAUCCGCAGAGCUCUUUGUUCAGUGGUGAAGAGUUCACGUCACAUGUCCAUUUUUCACAGCCGGAUUAGAGAAAGAUGGCGCCCUCUCAUGUACUAAGAUGCUGCCAACGCGCUCUAGGUUGGAUACCGGUAGUUUUUAUAAAUUUAGUCGUCGGUUGGUCUUACUAUGCAUACGUAGUUGAACUCUGCAUCUUCACAAUCCCAAAUGAUCCAGAACGAAUCAGUUACCUGGUGGUCUUUCACCUCCUCUUCGUCAUGUUCAUCUGGUCGUACUGGAAGACUAUUUGCACAAAGCCUGCCAACCCCUCCAAAGUGUUCUGCCUUCCCAAAGUGGAGAAAGAGCAAUACGAGAAGGAGGAGAGGCCAGAGGAGCAGCAAGAGAUCCUGAAGAAAGUGGCCAGAGAGCUGCCUCUGUACACACGCACGGGCACAGGAGCUGUUCGGUAUUGUGACCAAUGCCAGGUGAUCAAGCCAGACCGCUGCCACCACUGCUCCACCUGUGACAUGUGUGUGCUGAAGAUGGAUCACCACUGUCCAUGGGUGAACAACUGUGUUGGCUUCUCCAACUACAAGUUCUUUGUCUUGUUUCUGUUCUACUCCAUGCUGUAUUGUGUCUUCAUUGCUGCCACAGUCCUACAGUAUUUCAUCCGAUUCUGGACACGGUGCAGAAGGAGGUUUGCUGUGCAUUGUCCAGAGAAUCAGCUGCCUGACACUCACGCCAAAUUCCACGUCUUGUUUCUGUUUUUUGUGGCGGCCAUGUUCUUCAUCAGCAUCCUGUCACUUUUUUGCUACCAUCUUUGGCUAGUGGGGAAGAACAGGACCACUAUAGAGGCUUUCAGGGCUCCAGUCUUCAGGAAUGGACAGGAUAAAAACGGAUUUUCUCUGAGCUGUAGUCGGAAUGUUGCAGAGGUGUUUGGAGACCAAAAUAAAUUCUGGUUGUUUCCAAUCUACUCCAGUCUGGGAGAUGGACAAUCCUUCAUUACUCGUCUGGUGCACAUAGACCCAGAGCAGGCCAAUGCCAUCCUACAGUCCAAUGGCAAAAGCAUACACCACAGCGAGGAAAGCAGAGAAGAGGAGGCUGACACAGCUCAAACAGUGUCUGUCACCAUGGAGAGGGAGUCGUAAACUGGUGUGUAUCUGCAAGUGAAAGACAACAAAGAAAAAUAACAUCUGUAAGAUCUCACAUUUCUGUGUUUUUGUCUAGUUGAUUGCAGUUGAACUGAUGGUUGAUUAUUUUAGGCAGCUGUCACUUCUACAUCCUAAGCAGGCUUCAAGAGCCAACUGUGAUGCCUUAAAGCCAGCAGCAUCUGUGUCCAUGACAACCGAUCCAGCAGUAGCUCCCACAUGGACAUUGUCUCCAUAUCAUCUAACCACUAACCCUGUCCAGGAAAGUAACACCUCCAUACAGCAUUCCUAAUAUCAUGACUACCAAAGGGACUUGCACGGACACAACACAUUGGUUUCCAUUACAUAGAAAAAGACACUCAACAUCCUCAAAAGUAGAGGCUCAAUAACGGCGCUUUCUGACGGCUCUGUUGAUUAUGCAAACGCAGUCCGCAUCUAGAAAAUGUCCCUUGACAAACACAUUUUGGAAAUUUCUCCUGUGUCUUUCCCAAUGAGAUUCUCAAUUUGAACCCAUCUGAUAACUUCUUAAGUGCCAAUGAUAUAAGGUAUUCCUCACAUUUGCCGGUAACAUUGAUGUUGUUUAUCUAGUUUGGAACUUGCAUGUAGGAGACACAAAUUAUUUGUCUGUUAAUAUUGGGAAUGGAAAUACUAUCUAACAUAAGGCAAAGUAGAUCUUUCAACAAACAGCAGCUGCUGUUUAAUACAUCUGAGGAAAAUCCUGUUAACUAUAAAUCAGGUUACUGAAUAGGUAUUUAAUAAUGGUUUAAAAUUACAAAUGUAAUGACCAUAAAGGUAGUCAUUUAUAACAUAAUAAAUAACAUUGUCAGUAGGGUCAAAGUCGCAUAAAACUUUGAACAUUGAUGGUCCAUUUAUUUAUUUUAGUCUUAAUUUAUGUAUUCAUGGUCCAUCAAUGGUCUAAGAUAGUCAUGUAUUGUAAAUGUUAUGGAUGGAAAAAAAUGAACUUCAAAGGAAUCAAUUUGGGGAUUUAUAGUAUCCUGCCUAAUGAUGCGUUUAUAAAAGAAAACACAAACAGUAGUAAUUAUAUAAGUAGUAAGUACAUUAUGUUGGGAGAUUUACAAAUGUCCAUUUACAGAAGUAAAUUAGAAAUGCCACGGCGCUUCUGAUACUCCUGUUUUAUCGACAUUCCACUGACUUGCUCUCCAUACAGUAGGGUUAGGGUUACUAAGGCUAGGCUGUGUGGCUGACUGCUGGGAUAGGAUGACAAAUAUAAAUUGCCCAAUGGGUUGAUAUUUGCAUAAUCAAAAUGUGGGCCUUUGUCUGUGUGCCUUAGUCACAACACACCAAACACUCGUGCUUUGUGAACUGUGGGAAAGUGAGUUAGUUUACUGUUUCAAUGAAAAUCCUUUCGUUCAUCCAGUGGGGAUGAGUUUGACAUCAACAUUCUCAUUGCACUGUUAAGCAGUGUGUGGUUUUUGUCAUUUAAUGUAGGAUGUAUGAUAAUAUAUGUUCAAAAGCAUAUUCCAAAGCAUUCUUUUUGAGACUGUUAAUUCAUUAAUUAAUGUUUAAAUAUCUAAAAAUACUGAACAAAUAUUUUGUAAAUAGUUGUUUAAAGGAUACUAUUUUAAUUGUUCAAACUAGGAAUGAUGUUGAAAUAUGUUUAUUUAUCGAUUGAUUCAUUUAAUAGGUGACAUGAUUUCUCCAUGUAGUGUCCAGCAAGUUUACAAAAUGUACAGUAAGCUGGAUACUACACAGACACCUAACUAAAGGGGGUCAACACCACAACUUCAGAAUUGAGUCAUCAACCUUGUAUGAAUUAUAAAGUUGACAGAAACUAUUCUGUGUGACUAAAAUUACUGUUAUGAUCCAUGCAUUUUUCAAAAGAGCUGUUUGAAAUGUGAUUGGAAUCGUUUGGAAUAACCAGAAUCCCUCAAACAGCUGCUAUCAGUUUUCUAAUGUUCUAACCUAUGAAAGUUUGACUUCUAUGCCAUAUAAAUGGUACAGAAAGCACAUAAGCUAAAUCUGUUGAGAAGGGAAAUCAUUGACCAAUUUACUGUUUAUCUUAUUGUAUUAAUAUGUUAAGAUGUUUUAUGAAACAAUUUUGCAUGCUCAGUAUUAUCCAAAAAUGUUUGUAAUAAUAUUACAAAGCCAGUUUUUUCUGGUUGUUUAAGAUUUUGUAAUUAUUUAGUUUUGCACUCUGCAUUUGACAAAGGUUGGAAAAAAGUUUAACUGUAAUGUAAUGUUUACAUUUAUUCAUGUGGACAAUUAACAAUAAAAAAAAAUCAUGAUCCAUUUGAGGGCUGUAUUAUGUAAAAUAGUUAACAAAUGUGUAAUGUUACACCCAAGAUACGUAAUACCAUGAUUGGUUGACCUAUCGUCAGUGAUCUGAUGCAGAAGGGCCUGAAUUUGUUUAUAA